CUCGCUGUCUUUUUUUCCUCCACUCUACUUUAUACCAACUAUGCCUGACAAAGUCCCACCUGAAGAACUCCCAAUUCUUGAAGCUAUGGUAUCUAUCCGAAACCGUUUGUCAGCUUUAAAGCGAGAUAGGGCAUCUUAUAUGCGUUCCAAAGACAUAUACCCCCUAUGGGACGAAGCUAAAGAACAGUUGUUCAAAUUGAAAGGAAUUCGAGGUUGCGAUAUCAGCCCCACCGAACAUAGAAAUAGACUGGACGACUUGUGUGAAGAUGUUUUUAUGCUUCUCAGCCUUGGCUUCCUAAGCGUCGGCAAGUGCAAAGAAACGCCGGCCGUUUAUGCCCAAGUUGUGGCUAUGAAGCAGUGUUUUGAUCAGUUGGAAGAAGCUGGCGUAUACUCAGAGGAAUUUCUUGAGCCAUAUGUAAAACGCCUGGAUGACUUUGGCCAAAUGAUUAAAGUCGAUGAAGUAAAUGGACUCUUGGACGAACAAACCUUGCGUAUUCUCAACAUCCGGUACAACCAAUGCUGUAGCAUCAUGGACAAUUUGCAUCUUAUUAUCCGAGAUAUCGAUCCAGACCUGGUACCGAUCCGAGAUAAAUUGUUGAGCAUUCGUCGAGAAAUGGCAAACAUUGCAUCACAGCGUAAAAUUUCGGCUGCUGAUGUUUACCCGUUGCAAAAGAAGUUACGGCAUAUCGACAGUAAGCGAAUUGAUGGCGUAUUUUUACAGCAUGACGAUGGCCGUAUACCUGCUGGCCAAGCUGCUGUGGUUGGAUUAUUGGAGAAUGUCUAUGACUGUGCUCACGAUCUCAUCAUUGCUGCUGAGUCACCCAACGGAACAGUGGAACCUCUACGACUUCGACUUUUAGAAAUCAAGUGCCAGCUGGAACGACUUCAGCUUACCCAUAAAUGGACACUUCGUGAGACCGACCUAUUUACCCACCUCAUGCAGCUACAAGAAAUUAAUAGAAUGAGAGUGAAUCGUCAGUUCGUGGAUGAAAAUGGAAAGCCUGUUGAAGGACAAAUCGUUUUGGUCUUUUUAAUGCACAAAUGCUCACGCCUCAUUGUUACUUUGAUGGGCGAGAGCGUCCCCGUUUCUGAAGUUCUCAUGCCUAUUUACAACCAAUUGACAACUCUCAAGAAGUGCUUGGAAUCGGUGUCUGGCUGUGGGGCCCCUUGCUCACGGCGGGAACUAUAUCCUUAUGCCAUGAAGCUCCAAUCUAUCGUUCAAUCACAGGAUAAUGGUGUGUUUAAAGACGCUGAGGGUGGCAUUCCUCAAGGUCAAGCAACUUGCUCAUCACUGUUGAAUGAUUGUCAUGAGCUUUUGGAUAAGUUGCGUGCGAAGGCAGUUGACGAAGAUUAGGAUCGAAUUUAGUUCCAAGCCAUCUACACCCUUUCUGCUUUGUUCUACAAACUUUUUUGUAUUCAUUUUGUAAAUUUUAUAGUGAUUAUUUUCAACAGCAUAAUUUGUGUUCAAUACAGAGCCACUCGUAUAGUCAGUUUCUUUGAUGGUACAAAGUGAGUCUCAGUAAAGAGAUGAUGA